UACAGAUAUAAAAACAGGUGGAGUGGGUUGUUUUCUUUCUAUAGAAAGGUAAUUGGAGUAACCUGAUUCUCCAUCUAUAUCAAGGAAAACAAUCACGCAGUUACGUUUAACUGCACCACCUAACAGCCCCAUUUCUAUAUAACAUGGCAUCAGCCUUUAUCCACAGUACCAUCUUUUCUGUUUCUUCCGCCUAAUUCUUAUUCUUCUUCUUCUUCUUCUUCUUCUUCUUCCUCUCUCUGUCUCUGUCUCUCUCUCUCUCUGAUAGUUCUUCACCAUGGAGUUGGGAAGUAUAGUACAGCUCCUUGAGGACAAGGCCAUUUUAGUCACUGGUGCCACUGGUUUUCUGGCAAAAAUUUUUGUGGAGAAAAUACUGAGAGUUCAACCAAACGUGAAGAAACUCUAUCUUCUUCUAAGAGCUGCAGAUGACAAGUCAGCCACACAACGUCUGCAUGAUGAGAUGAUAAGGAAGGACUUGUUCAGAGUGCUGAGGGAAAAAUGGGGUACAAAAAUGGAUUCCCUCAUCUCUGAAAAAGUAGUUGUGGUUCCUGGUGACCUCUCUCUGGAGGACUUGGGCUUGAACAACUCCGUUCUGAGGGACCAAAUAUGCAACCAAAUCGAUUUUAUUGUCAAUUUAGCUGCAACUACUAAAUUUGAUGAAAGAUAUGAUGUUGCACUGGGUAUCAAUACAUUGGGAGCUAAGCAUGCUUUAAGCUUUGCGAAAAAAUGUGUUAGACUAAAGGUUCUUGUCCACGUGUCCACGGCAUAUGUAUGUGGGGAGAAAGGAGGACUGAUUCUAGAAACCCCAUAUCACUUUGGUGAAACACUGAAUGGGACCACAGGAUUAGACAUCUACGCAGAGAAAAAACUGGUGGAGGAAAAGUUGAAUGGCUUCCGAGCUGAGGGAGCUACAGAAGAAGAAAUUUCAUUGGCCAUGAAGGAUUUGGGUAUUGAAAGGGCAAAGAUACAUGGAUGGCCAAACACAUAUGUAUUUACGAAGGCAAUGGGAGAGAUGCUCAUUGGGCACCUAAAAGAAAAUCUAUCUGUGGUAAUCAUUCGCCCCACUAUCAUAACCAGUACUUUAAAAGAACCUUUCCCUGGUUGGGUUGAAGGUGUCAGGACCAUUGACAGUCUAGCUGUUGGUUAUGGUAAAGGAAAAUUACCAUUCUUCCUUGGAGAUCUUAAGGCAAUUGUUGAUUUGAUGCCAGCUGACUUGGUGGUAAAUGCUAUGAUCGUGGCCAUGGUGGCUCAUGCAAAUCAACCAGCUUAUGAUCAUGAUAUGAUUUAUCAAGUGGGGUCCUCAAUGAGCAAUCCUUUGAGAAACGAAAAGCUUCCAGAUGUUGGCUUUCGUUACUUCUCUAAAACACCAUGGAUUAAUAAGGAUGGUAAAGCCGUCAAGGUUGGCAAGAUUAUGAUGUUGAGCGACAUGGAUAGUUUCCACAGAUAUCUGGCCAUACGUUAUUUGCUGCCUUUGAAGACAGGCCGAAGCAGCCACCUAUAUAUGGUGAUCAGCCAUGUCGAGAUGGUUUGGUCACAUGAUGAGUGUGGUACUGGAGAUUUUGAUGAUUGGUGAGAUCAAUGGAAUUUUGCCUCAACAACUAAAGUCCCCUCUCUUGUACAGUUGUUAUAUGGAUGAACAUUUCACUUUCGUUAGGAGAUAGUUGUAUACUUCUACCUUGAACCACUUGGUUGAAAUAGGUGACAGGCUUUUAUAGUAGUCUUGCAUCACAUUCCAAAAAGGUUUUAUUGAAAUUCAUUAGUCCUUAAACGAAUGUUUCAAUCAUUGCUCUCUUCAACUCUUGGACCGAAGUCGGAAUGAUCGUUUGUUGUCUUCCCACCUAAAGGAAUUUCUCUUAAGUACCAGGGUCAAAGCUGGAGCCUAUCUUGCCAUGGUCAAAGGGUCUUUGAUAAAAUUUCGAUAGUAUCUGUAAGGCCCAAGAACAUCUGAAGAGCCAUAAUGAUUGUAGGUAGAGUACUUCAUCUUUAGAGACACGUCUCUUUUAUCGAGACUCUCUCCAAAAGAUGCCUGAUCAUUAAACCUUUUGUGUGGAUUGAAACGUACUCGACAAGGAAUUUUGCUACUUUGGGACCAUUAUAGUUAUGGGAACCAUUCAUUGAGGCAGUGUCCAUCGUAAGUGUGAAAUGUUGUUUUCACUACAUCCUUACGGUUCAUCCGAAUCUAGUGGUUAAGAUUGGGUAGCAAGGACUUGCUUCUCAGCUCAUCUACCCAUUCUUAAGGCAUCGAGGAUCGUGUGGACAAAAUGAUUUUGAGAAUUUAAGAAGGCCAAUGGCCCCGUUUAAACAUCAUGUUCACCAUUUAUAUAUAUAUAUAUAUAUAUAUAUAUAUAUAUAUAUAUAUAUAUGAGUAAUGUUAUACACCAUAUUAUCAUCUCACUUGCAUCCUAUUAUAUAUGAUGUGACACAUUUAUUACCAUUUGAUAAUAAAGAAACAUGCAAUAAAUGAUCAUUCAAUGAUAAUAAAUGUGCUACAUCUUACUUAGUGGAUGCAAGUGGAAUGGUAGUAUUGUGUAUAGAAUUUUCUUAUAUAUAUAUAUAUAUAUUUAUUUAUGUAUAGAUUGAACUAAAACCUAAUAUAUAGCAACCUUUUUCGAUUCUCCCUCAUUUAUCAACCGAAUCUCUUGCUUUCCCUCGGCUAUCAACAACCCACCACAUUACUCUCCUCACCUCAACCCUUUGCCUCACCAUAGUUUUUUUUUAGAGUUAGGUAGCUUUCAACUUGUUACACUCCUUGACUGCUGUUGAAGGUGGUGACUAGGACGCCAUCAGAGAUGGAGGGAGACACUUAGGGUGGAAGUGAAAUGAAGUAAAGUGAAGGUAGACCUAAAGGAAGAUUUGAGACAGGGAGUUGAUUAAGCCGUAUGAUGGGCUUCUUGUGUUAGAUGAGUUGUGGUGUCUAGUUAUAAUAAUGUUUAGUGUAAGUCCAAUUCAAUUGGGUUAUUUUCAAGCAUUAGUUGUAAGGGCUUGACCCAUGCAUUUAUGGGUUUGUCCAUGAACCCUAUCAAGACCUUCAUUGGGUGUCUGUCAUUUCUGUUUCCCACCUAGCACAGUUACCUUGUUGUUGCUUAUGAAGUUUGUUACAAGUUAGAGCAUAUAGCUCACUGUGUAGGGAAAUUUUCCUCUCUUAUGCAAAAUCAAUACAAUAUGCCAGUUACAUUUUCCUCUA